AAAUACUUGUGAGUGCAGUUUCUCACCAUUCCUUUUGUCCAGCAGAUGGUGUCUCACACCCUGCCUGGAGGCUGGUGGUAGGCUUGGCUGGCGGGGACCACCCUCUAAAUGCACCUGCUGCUUUCCUCCUAUGCUUUACAGUGUUGACUGCUAUUUAGACUUCGCAUCUGCAGAAUCCACUGAAAUAGACCUUUUCACAUGUUUACUGUGCACCCCCCUCAAAAAAAAUACACAUACCCCAAAAGAUGAGAUCAUGUGCUGGGUAAACAAUCAGACAAAACACCUGGAGAUCAGCAUUACUGCCCAUGUGGAUACCCCCUGCCCGGCACACUGUCUUGGCACAGCAUCCGAGGCCUUGGUCGGCUUCCCUUUCUGGCUCAUUCCCACUGCUCCCCGCCCAGGUUCUCGGAACCACGGGCUGCUCCCCACACACGCUCUUCCCCUCCACCCCACCCCCCAGCUACCAGGAUACUCGACACCAGUCUCCGGUGCCCCCUGCUCCCGGGAGCCUUCCCAGAGCCUCCCCCGUGUCAGGCGCGCACACGCGCGCACGCGCACACACACACACACACACACACACACACACACACACUUGAUUUCAGUCCUCUCCAGAAUCUCAUGAUGCCUCCUUUGGCUCCAGCUCCAGCAGUUACAGUACACAGAUGCGUUCGUGGCCUGUGAGCAUCUUGGGGUGGGAAUGUUAUGAUUUCCACUUCCACACCCUCAGCACCCCUUGCACAGCAAACACUGGGCAGAUGUUUGUGGGAGGAAUCAAUGCUUUUUUGUCUUGUGUGUCAUAGAAGACCGCAGAUUCUACCCACAAGCAUCAAGUACCUAUUUAGAGUGGACACACAUAGACCUUUACUACCACUCACUGUAGUGGACUCCCCGUGUCGAUAAGGAAAUGCUUUCCUAGCUGAGCUGGGUCCUCACCAGCCUCGGUCCUGGCCAGUGCCACCAGUAAGGCCCUGUCUCUAUUCCACACCCAUGGAAAGAGGAUAAAGCUGUGCUUGUCUGCCCUCUGCGUGACGUGUGGAGGCCCAGUUUCGUGGAGACCUCUUCUUCUCACCAUGCCGUCCUCCAGGCCUGAGCAGACUCAGGCUUCCCUGGAAGGAGAUGCACUGAGCUCGGGAUGUGAUGGGAACUCGUGACAUAACAGGGUGAGUGCCCUGCCCCGGGGCCCUGUCCACUUCCGCUUGCUGGCCUUCAGUCUUCCUCAGGAGUGACCUCUCUAGAAGCAUUAACACUGCUGUGUUCCAUGUAUGCUGAAAUAACCUAUUUUGCACGGGCACAUGGACAGUGGAUGACAGAUUCAAGCCUGUAAUGAAGAAAUCCACAGAUGAGGAAGCUGAGGUGUCUGGGCUCUGAACAUGCACCCGAGUGGCCAUGGGGGCUUAUAACUGGCACAACCCAUAACUCUCGUACUCAUGAAAGUUACUGGAAAAGCCCUCGGGAGAGGAAUCCUGUGUGUCAUCACAAGAGCUCCCCAAAACCAGCAGGCCACAGGCCACAGGAUGCACUCACUCUGGACCAGUUCAAUCACUCACCUAAAAAGCAAACACCGAAACACUCAACACUUUGUGUAACGUUUAAUAUUUUAACAGUGAGCAAACAAGCCUUUUAGUAGGGGAAAAAAAAAAAAGCUCUCCCUUCCCUUCCUGGCUCUGUCCCUAGAGGAGCGAAGUGAGCCCUGGAGGGGAAGUUCUCAGCCACUCUUGUGGGGCGGAGGCGGCUUCGCAAGUGGCCCCCACCUGAAUGUUUAUCUUAGAGUAGAAGGCGUGGGGCUGGCUCUGCAUAACCUCUUCUGGGGACUCUGUGCCUCAGUGUCGAGUGUUUUGAGGAACAUUUAACUUCCUUUCCUCAUGUACAUUUGCUUUCAUAACCAGAAAGUUGUCCAGAUUUUGUAAUUCUGGGAAUCUCCUUUAAAUUCCUUUCUGCUCAAACAGAACAGAUACAAGUAAGGCGUUCGGUAGGACUUGGGAUGCGGCCUGGCAUGCACAAGGCAGCCGGCCGGGUGCUGGAGGGAGGCCAAUAAAUACCCACGAAGGUAGCGGGGCUCAGGGGAUAGUUUCUCUGUUUGUUUUCCAAGGGUGCAUUGUGGGAGCAAUGCAUACAAUUUUAUAAAGAUUUUACUACUUUUCAUAGACCUGGCUCACAGCUUUCUUGCUGUGUGAACAGGACUGGGUCCUUCCUCCUCCUUUCUUCGUCGGUAAGAGGUGGUGAUCGCAGAAGCAAGGCCUAGGUGAGCGUGUCUAAUGUGAAAGCUCCUUCUAUUUCCACGCAUCAGGAGGGAACAAAGACUCACCCUUGCAGUAUCUGUUUCCCUGCAUCCACAUUUCUUUGUUAUUGGAUCUGCUCUGUUUUAAGUAACACGCUUGCGAUCUGUUUUGGUCUCUUUCUAACUUGGUGAGAGGUGCUUUUUGGUUAUUUUCCAAAUUAUGCUCUAGCGCCCUCCUUUUGCCCAGAGGUCCUGGUAGAGUCAUGCCAGCAAGUCCUGGGCCCCUCCUGAUGUCCCGUGAGGCGUCCGUCACCACGCUGCACUCAAGAGGCCCGCAGGCCCCACCCCAGAGCCCUGGUCACAGAGCUGCCUCCUCCCAGCCAGUCCUGCUGUAACCCCAGAGGGAGACCACGGCCAGGAGCCUCUCCCAGGACCCAGGUUGUGUGGGGCUGCAUCCACCCGCCCGCGCAGGGAGUCAGUUCACUGAGCUCAGAACUUCCCGCAUACGACACACAGGCUUCUCCCCACUUUCAGGACCGUGAGCACCAGGGGCCUAUCUCCACUCCCCCUGCGCCCUCACCGCCGUGUGGAAAGGAACCAGGUGCUCGGGGGGGGUGGGGGGGCCUCCACCUCUGCCGCCCGCGUGCCCACCCUGGGUGGGCGCAGCCCCGUCCACCCCCAGGCCUUCACGCCCGCAGCUUCCGGAACACAGUGGUGCCGUGUCCUGGGCGUCGUGGGGUCUUCCUGAGCUCCUUCAGACCACCUCCUUCUGCAGCAGGAGACCGGCCACUGCCUAGCAGCGUGCUUUCUCCGUGGGCAGACGGAGCAGAGCUGGUGUCUUUCUCUGGUGGCAGACAGGACGUGGGGACGCAGGAGGAGGGCUUGUGUCUGAGGGGGGUCUCCCGCCCCGGGGCCCCCAGGUGCACCACGGCUGCUGCAUACCCGGCCUUCCGUCGGCCUGAAGAUGGCCGUGCUCAGGCAGCUGGUGCUCCUGCUCUGGAAGAACUACACUGUGCAGAAGCGCAAAGUCCUGGUGACCGUCCUGGAGCUCUUCCUGCCCUUGCUGUUCUCUGGGAUCCUGAUCUGGCUCCGCUUGAAGAUCCAGUCAGAAAACGUGCCCAAUGCCACCAUCUACCCUGGCCAGUCCAUCCGAGAGCUGCCCCUGUUCUUCAGCUUCCCACCUCCGGGCGAUGCCUGGGAGCUCGCCUACAUCCCGUCCCAGAGCAACGCCGUGAAGACCAUCACAGAGAUGGCGCGGAGGACGCUGGUCAUCAACAUGAGAGCUCGCGGCUUUCCCUCGGAGAAGGACUUUGAGGACUACAUCAGGUACGACAACCGCUCCUCAAAUGUGCUGGCCGCCCUGGUGUUCGAGCACACCUUCAACCACAGCGGGGAGCCCCUGCCGCUGGCGGUGAAAUACCACUUACGGUUCAGCUACACACGAAGAAACUACAUGUGGACCCAAACAGGCUCCUUUUUCCUGAAAGAGACGGAGGGAUGGCACACCACUUCGCUCUUCCCACUUUUCCCAAACCCAGGACCAAGGGAGCCCGCGUCCCCCGACGGCGGAGAACCUGGGUACAUCCGCGAAGGCUUCCUGGCUGUGCAGCACGCAGUGGACAGGGCCAUCAUGCAGUACCACGCCAACGCCUCCACACGUCAGCUGUUUGAGAAGCUCACCGUGAUCGCGAAGAGGUUCCCUUACCCCCCUUUUAUUUCGGACCCCUUCCUGGUCGCCAUCCAGUACCAGCUCCCCCUGCUGCUCAUGCUGAGCUUCACCUACACCUCGCUCACCAUCAUCCGGGCCGUCGUGCAGGAGAAGGAGAGGAAGCUGAAGGAGUACAUGCGCAUGAUGGGGCUCAGCAGCUGGCUGCACUGGAGCGCCUGGUUCCUCCUCUUCUUCUUCUUCCUCCUCGUGGCGGUCUCCUGCGUGACCCUGCUGUUCUGCGUCAAGGUGAAGAAGGAUGUGGCUGUGCUCACUCACAGCGACCCCUCACUGGUGCUGGUCUUCCUGCUGUGCUUUGCCACCUCAUCCGUCUCUUUCAGCUUCAUGGUCAGCACCUUCUUCAGCAAAGCCAACAUGGCAGCCGCCAUAGGGGGCUUCCUCUACUUCUUCACCUACAUCCCGUACUUCUUUGUUGCUCCCCGAUACAACUGGAUGACUCUCAGCCAGAAGCUGCUCUCCUGUCUCCUGUCCAAUGUUGCCAUGGCGAUGGGAGCCCAGCUCAUAGGAAAAUUUGAAGCAAAAGGUGUGGGUGUCCAGUGGCGAGACCUCCUGAGUCCUGUCAAUGUGGAUGAUGACUUCUCCUUUGGGCAAGUGCUAGGCAUGCUGCUGCUGGACUCUGUCCUCUACGGCCUGGUGACCUGGUACGUGGAGGCCGUGCUCCCAGGGCAGUUCGGCGUGCCCCAGCCCUGGUACUUCUUCGUCAUGCCCUCGUACUGGUGUGGGCACCCACGGACGGUUUUGGGAAAAGAAGAGGAAGAUGAUGACCCAGAAAAAGCGCUCAGAACGGAGUACUUUGAGGCUGAGCCGGAGGACCUGGUGGCCGGGAUCAAGAUCAAGCAUGUGACCAAGGUGUUCAGAGUGGGGAACAAGGGCAAGGCGGCAGUCAGAGAUUUGAACCUGAACUUGUAUGAGGGGCAGAUCACGGUGCUACUGGGCCACAACGGCGCAGGGAAGACUACCACCCUCUCCAUGCUCACAGGUCUCUUUCCCCCAACGAGCGGACGGGCGUAUAUCAACGGGUAUGAGAUUUCACAAGACAUGGUUCAGAUCCGCAAGAGCCUGGGCCUCUGCCCACAGCACGAUGUGCUGUUUGACAACCUGACCGUUGCAGAACACCUGUAUUUCUAUGCACAGCUGAAGGGCUUGUCCCGUCAGAAGUGCCCUGAAGAAGUCCAGCGGAUGCUGCACGUCCUCGGUCUGGAGGACAAGCAGGACUCCCUGAGCCGGUUCCUGAGUGGGGGCAUGAAGCGCAAGCUCUCCAUCGGCAUCGCCCUCAUAGCGGGCUCCAAGGUGCUGAUGCUGGACGAGCCCACCUCGGGCAUGGACGCCAUCUCCAGGAGGGCCAUCUGGGACCUCCUGCAGCAGCACAAGAGUGACCGCACCGUGCUGCUGACCACGCACUUCAUGGACGAGGCUGACCUGCUGGGGGACCGCGUGGCCAUCAUGGCCAAGGGGGAGCUGCAGUGCUGCGGGUCCUCGCUCUUCCUCAAGCAGAAGUAUGGUGCAGGCUACCACAUGACGCUGGUGAAGGAGCCUCACUGCGACCCUGAGGCCAUCUCCCGGCUGGUGCAGCACCACGUUCCCAGUGCCACGCUGGAGAGCAGAGCUGGCUCAGAGCUGUCCUUCAUCCUCCCCAAGGAGAGCACGCACAGGUUCGAAAGUCUAUUUGCUAAGUUGGAGAAGCAGCAGAAGGAGCUGGGGAUCGCCAGCUUCGGGGCCUCGGUCACCACCAUGGAGGAGGUCUUCCUCCGGGUCGGCAAGCUGGUGGACACAAGCAUGGACAUCCAAGCCAUCCAGCUCCCUGCCCUGCAGUACCAGCACGAGAGGCGGGCAAGCGACUGGGCCGUGGACAGCCACCUGUGCGGGGCCAUGGACCCGACCAACGGCGUGGGCUCCCUGAUCGAGGACGAGUGCACCACCGCCAAGCUCAACACUGGGCUCGCCCUGCACUGCCAGCAGUUCUGGGCCAUGUUCCUGAAGAAGGCCACAUACAGCUUGCGCGAGUGGAAGAUGGUGGUGGCCCAGGUCCUGGUCCCGCUGACAUGCGUCACGCUGGCCCUCCUGGCUGUCAACUACUCCUCAGAGACCUUCGACGACCCCAGGCUGGAGCUGACCCUGGGCGCGUACGGCCGAACUGUUGUGCCCUUCGCCGUUCCAGGGGCCUCCCGGCUGGACCAGCUGCUGGCGGAGCGUCUGAAAGACAUGCUGCAGGCUGAGGGCCAGGAGCCGCGGGAGGUGCUGGGUGAUCUGGAGGAGUUCCUGAUUUUCAGGGCCUCGGUGGAGGGAGGCGGCUUUAACGAGCGGUGCUUGGUGGCGGUGUCCUUCAGAGACGUUGGUGAGCGGACGGUGGUCACUGCCCUGUUCAACAACCAGGCAUACCACUCCCCGGCCACUGCGCUGGCCGUCGUGGACAACCUUCUGUUCAAGCAGCUGUGUGGCCCCCGGGCCUCCAUCAUGGUCUCCAACUACCCCCAGCCCCGGAGCACCCUGCAGGCUGCCAAGGACCAGUUCAAUGAGGGCCGGAAGGGAUUCAACAUCGCUCUCAACUUGCUGUUCGCCAUGGCGUUCCUGGCCAGCACCUUCUCCAUCCUGGCAGUCAGCGAGAGGGCCGUCCAGGCCAAGCAUGUCCAGUUUGUGAGUGGAGUCCAUGUGGCUACUUUCUGGCUCUCCGCGCUGCUGUGGGACCUCAUGUCCUUCCUCGUCCCCAGUCUGCUGCUGCUGGUGGUGUUCAAAGCCUUCGACGUGCACGCCUUCACACGCGACGGCCACAUGGCAGAUGCCCUGUUGCUGCUCAUGCUCUAUGGCUGGGCCAUCAUCCCCCUCAUGUACCUGAUGAACUUCUUCUUCUCGGGAGCAGCCACUGCCUACACGAGGCUGACCAUAUUCAACAUCCUGUCAGGCAUAGCCACCUUCCUCAUGGUCACCAUCAUGCGCAUCCCAGCGGUCAAGUUAGAAGAGCUUUCCAGAACCCUGGACCACGUGUUCCUGGUGCUGCCCAACCACUGUCUGGGGAUGGCGGUCAGCAGCUUCCACGAGAACUUCGAGAUGCGGAGGUACUGCACCUCCUCGGAGGUCGCGGCCCACUACUGCAGGAAGUACAACAUCCAGUACCAGCAGAACUUCUAUGCGUGGAGCGCCCCGGGGGUCGGCAGGUUCGUGACCUCCAUGGCAGCUUCUGGAUUUGCCUACCUCAGCCUGCUCUUCCUCAUUGAGACCGACACGCUGUGGAGGCUGAAGACCUGCCUCUGUGCCUUCCGGAGGAGGCGGGCGCUGAUGGAAGCGUAUGCUCGGACGUCAGCACCUCCUGAGGACCAGGACGUGGUGGAUGAAAGGAACCGGGUCCUGGCCCCCAGCAUGGAUUCCCUGCUGGACACACCUCUGGUUAUCAAGGAGCUCUCCAAGGUGUAUGAGCAGACGAUGCCCCUGCUUGCCGUGGACAAGAUCUCCCUUGCAGUCCAUAAAGGGGAGUGUUUUGGCUUGCUGGGUUUCAACGGAGCCGGGAAAACCACAACUUUCAAAAUGCUGACGGGGGAGGAGACCAUCACGUCUGGGGAUGCCUUUGUCGGGGGCUACAGCAUCAGCUCUGAAAUUGGGAAGGUGCGGCAGCGAAUCGGCUACUGCCCCCAGUUUGACGCUCUGCUGGACCACAUGACGGGCCGGGAGACGCUGGUCAUGUACGCCCGGCUUCGGGGCAUCCCCGAGCGCCACAUCGGCGCCUGCGUGGAGAACACGCUCCGGGGCCUGCUUCUGGAGCCGCACGCCAACAAGCUGGUCAGGACGUACAGCGGUGGCAACAAGCGAAAGCUGAGCACAGGGAUCGCCCUGCUUGGAGAGCCUUCGGUCAUCUUCCUGGAUGAGCCAUCCACUGGCAUGGACCCCGUGGCCCGGCGCCUGCUCUGGGACACUGUGGCACGGGCCCGAGAGUCCGGCAAGGCCAUCAUCAUCACCUCCCACAGCAUGGAGGAAUGCGAGGCCUUGUGCACCCGGCUGGCCAUCAUGGUGCAGGGUCAGUUCAAGUGCCUGGGCAGCCCACAGCACCUCAAGAGCAAGUUUGGCAGCGGCUACUCCCUGCGGGCCAAGGUCCGGAGCGACGGGCAGCAGGGGGCGCUGGAGGAGUUCAAGGCGUUUGUGAACCUGACCUUCCCAGGCAGCGUCCUGGAAGAUGAGCACCAAGGGAUGGUCCAUUACCACCUGCCCGGGGAUGACCUCAGCUGGGCCAAGGUGUUUGGUGUUCUGGAGAAGGCCAAGGAGAAGUACGCCAUGGACGACUACUCCGUGAGCCAGAUCUCACUGGAGCAGGUCUUCCUGAGCUUCGCCCACCUGCAGCCACCUGCCGAGGACGAGGGACCAUGAGGAGCCCGCAGGCGUGGGGCAAGUGGCCGCACAGGCAGGCGUCCUCCCUCUCCGAGCUCAUCUUAUCCUGCACCUUUAUUUCCAAUCACCGUUUUCUAUAAUGGACGCGAGAAUCAAGGCACAGUGGGGACCAGGAUGUCAGAGCCCUCGCGCUGGGAAUCAGCAUGCGAACAUCCAUGUCCAAGGCAGUGGCCAGAGCCCCUCUCUGGAACUCGGGACCCAGCAAAAGCAGCCCCGCAGCCCGUGCGGGUGAGCCUUGGGGUCUCUGGGCAGAGAGCCCCUCGGGAAGGGGCUGCAGCCGACCUGGGGGUUGCAUUUCCUCAAGUGCUCACGAGACGAGCACCAGUAACACCCCCACGUCUGCACACAGCAUGGAGCCUCCCUGGGGCGACACGGGGAGCCAGCAGGACAGCGGGCAGCAGGGCUCGCCAGGCUGCCCGGAAUGGAGAGAAUGUCGCCUGUGGCCGUCCACGAGGGAGGUGCUGGCUGUGACCACACUCUGUGAUCUUGGCUUCCGGGGGCCUGGGAGUCGCUGCUCCACGGAGCGUGCUCUCGAUGCCGGGUAGGGCUGACCCCGCGCCUGGCGCCAUCACACAAGCGUCUCCCAGGGUCGGCAGGCUCGGGGAGAGAAGGCAGUCCUUAAUGCCCAAGGCUGGCUUCUGGAGAAGCCACCAGCGGGAGGCCAGUUGGGGACCACUGCGGGACCAAGGGACCGUCUAUGGAGGAUGCACCUGACACGCGGUGACUCUAUCCAGAAAAUAAAGUCCAGGAGGGAACAUGACCUCGGUCUGUAUGGAGUGACUUCCAGUGCUCACUGCCAGGAGGUGAAGCAGCCAGGCUGGCAGGCGCCAGAGCGGGUUAGACAGACCCCUGGCAGGUCCACCGUCCCCACCGGGAGGCACGAGCGCAGGGUCAGGGUGGGGGGUGCAGACCCCCGUGGGGCGGGAGGCCUUGGACACCAGGCCCACUCGGGGCUUUAGGCAGAAGAUUCUUCUUCCGUAUCAGCUUCCUUUUAAUUUAUAUGCUCUUAUUUCUGACAGUUUUCUUUUUAAGAUUUUUAAAUUUAUUUGAGAGAUAGAGUGAGUGUGCGCACAG